CAGUCGGUUUGGUACCAAAUGUGCUCGCUGCGGGAGGCAGAUCUAUGCCAGCGACUGGGUCCGAAGGGCCCGGGGCAAUGCCUACCACUUGGCCUGCUUUGCCUGCUUCUCUUGCAAAAGGCAGCUUUCCACCGGAGAAGAAUUUGGCCUGGUAGAGGAGAAGGUUCUCUGCCGGAUUCACUACGACACCAUGGUGGAGAACCUCAAGCGCGCAGCAGAGAACGGGAAUGGCAUCACCUUAGAAGGGGCGGUCCCCUCCGAGCAGGACAGCCAGCCGAAGCCGGCCAAGAGGGCCCGGACCUCCUUCACGGCAGAGCAGCUGCAGGUCAUGCAGGCCCAAUUCGCUCAGGAUAACAACCCGGACGCCCAGACCCUGCAGAAGCUGGCGGACAUGACCGGGCUCAGCAGGAGAGUUAUUCAGGUUUGGUUCCAGAACUGCAGAGCACGGCAUAAAAAACACACCCCUCAGCACACGGUGCCUCCGUCGGGGGGGUCCCAGCCCCGCAUCCCUUCCGUGCUGCCGGAGGACCUCCACUACCCCCCUUUCAGUGGCCCCGAGCGGGCCAGGAUGGUGACCCUCCACAGCUACAUAGAGAGCCAGGUCCAGUGCGGACAAAUGCAUUGUCGCCUCCCGUAUGGCGGCCCUCCUGUGCACCUCAAAGCCGACAUGGAAGGGCCCCUGUCAAGCAGAGGGGAGAAGGUUAUCUUGUUCCAGUACUGACUGAGCCUUCUCUUUCUCAUCUCCCGGGAAUUGCGAUGCCACUGCUGCUUAACCUCCCUGCCAUUUCACCCACGGCGACCAAGGGACCUUGGGUAGGAGAAGCCACUCGCUGUCUUCCCCACCCUGGCUUCUAACCUGGCCUCUGGAUCUCGGCCAUUAGUUGCCAUGGCCGCGGCCACCAGCCGUCGAGCAUUCCCCCGGGGCGUUCUUCGUCGGGUGGACUUGCUGCCUGGUGAAGACUCUGGACAGUGCCCUCUCUGGGUGAGGGAAGCAGUGGGACUUACUGUGGAUAUAUCUUGUCUGCUACAAAUUUAACCAACGUAGGAAAAGAAACUGUGCCACCUGGGCGAAAUGUGUUCAUUCUAACGUGGAAGGCUGUUGAUCUUCAACCCGUGUAAGAAUCAAGUCUGCUAGCUAGCCAACAUCCAGUCUUUAGGUGGAAACAAAGAAGUGAAACGCUUUCUACAUUCUCAACACAGGGGACCGUGGAUCUUGAUCUGUGGAUUCCUUUCCAACUCUUGGGGCUUUUGACUCCCCCGUAAGCAACAUCGGGCUGUUUUUGGGACUGGCAGGGCUUUGCAGCUCUCAGACCAGAUGCUGGACCUGCCCCGAGAGGUGCCACUCCAGAGAUCCUCCUCAAACCAUCACGGACGCUUUUAAUCCGACCACCCAGCAGCCUGGAGGAGGGUGGGGGGAAAUGUCUAUCUUCCUAAAGCCUGGGAGCCAAAUCCAGUAAUGAGGGCUUGAGCCUUUGCACGGAGCUGAGGAAAUAUUUUAAAAUUCCCUGGUGCCAAC